GGAAGUUCAUCUGCAGCUGCAGUGUGAGAAAUAAGAGAAAUAACAACUUUUUCGGAACUUCACAGUUCAUUGUAUAUUAUAAAGAAGUUUUAAGGUGGAGAUUACAUGACGAAGGGAUGGAAACUCUUUUGAAGCUUCUGUGUGCUUUCACAGGUAUGACCGGUGUGUUGAUGAAGUCUGGAAAUGUUUAUGAAGUAACGGUGGGUGAAACAGUGGAGAUCAGAUGUUCAUAUCCAGAAGACCAUAAAUAUACACCCAAGUACUUUUGCCGUCAUCCCUGUAAAUCAUCUGAACAUGUUUUGAUUAAAAGUGAAAAGGUUGAUCAGGUCGACUCAGCUGGAAGAUACUCUUUGAUUAAUUUUGUGAAUGGACUGUUCAUUUCUGUAACCAUCAAACAUCUCAGGCUCACAGACUCUGGUGUUUAUUACUGUGGACUUGAUCAAUGGUUCAGAGACACACUGAAGAAAGUUGUUCUGUCCGUCUAUCCAGCUCCCGUGAACGGAUCUACACACACCUCUGAAAACACACAUGUAACGUCAACAUGGACAACAGCACUCACCUGGACAGUAAAUUUGUCAUCAACAGUCCAGUGGACAGGUUCCACUCCUCCAGUCAACAACUCCUCCGCCAGUAUGACUCUGGUUUGUACAGGAGUUUUGUUAUCCCUGGGUUUCUGGAUCCUUGUGGCUUCAGUGUGUAUCUACAACACGAGAUCAGACGCAAAGUCCAAAUAUACAGCUCAAGAUCCUCCAGACUUCAACCAGGCUGUGGACAAUGUCUGUACAAUAGUAGUGUAUAGUUUGGAUGAUCCAACUAAAGAAGACUGUUCUUCUCUAAACUGUUCAACUGUAUUAAACUACUCAGGGACAGAGUUAGUCUGCAAUGCAAUUACUAAUUAUUUGAACUAAUUAUUUGCUGUUGUAUUUACUCCCUAUAUAGUCCUAAUCAUAAUCUCUUCUUCAGCGGCGUCAUCAUCUCUUUUGUUUAUCUGUAUUAUAACACAAUUUCUGUAAUAAAUGAAUUAAAAGUA